AUGACCCAGGGUUCCGCCGCCUCGGCCUGCACCUGUGAAGAGUGCUCCCGCUAUAAGGUCAUGCCCGUCUCCUAUGAACAAUUCUCAGCUCCCAACGACAUUGACCAACAGCACCUCUCAGUCUCCAUGAUCUGGGAACACAGCAACUUCCCCAAGGACGAGGCAACCUGCCGGGUUUGGACUUUACUCCAGAACCAAUUCGAGCGGGAUUAG